AUGUCUUCACACGAUGGGGCUCGCUCUGCCCGACAAUCAAAGAGAUAUUCUAUGACUACCUUAUAUCUGUCUAUGUCUGCGAAUGAGAAAGAUUUGGAAAUUGAGGAUGAUCUUGCAAAAGCACAAAAGGUUCUGCGAGAACUCAAAUCAAAGAUAUCUUCUCAGUCAAAGAAGAAUUUUGUUUUGGAGAAAGAUGUUAGAUAUUUGGAUUCAAGAAUAGCAUUGUUGAUCCAGAACCGCAUGGCUUUGGAAGAGCAAAAUGAAGUAGCUAGUCGUUUAGAAGAUGCCGCAGACUUACAAGAAGGUUUUUUCCCAAACGACGAAAAGACCCAAAAAUAUGGCAAUCUUUUAUUCUUGCUUCAAUCAGAGCCUCGGCAUAUCGCACAUCUUUGUCGCCUUGUUACCAUGGCCGAGAUUGAUUCUUUACUGCAGACUGUCAUGUUUACAAUCUAUGGAAACCAAUAUGAGAGUCGUGAAGAGCAUCUUCUUUUAACUAUGUUUCAGUCUGUCUUGACCUACCAAUUCGACAAUACCCCUGAAUACUCCUCCCUCCUCCGAGCGAACACACCAGUAUCUCGCAUGAUGACUACAUAUACUAGGAGAGGUCCUGGACAGAGUUAUUUGAAAACAGUAUUGGCAGACAGAAUCAAUGGACUUAUUGAGUUGAAGGACCUCGACCUGGAGAUCAAUCCCCUCAAGGUAUAUGAGACAAUGAUCGCACAGAUUGAGCUGGAGACAGGAGGACUUCCGGCUUCCCUACCCCGAGGAGUAACGGCAGAGCAGGCAGCGGAUAAUACCCAGGUACAGGCGAUCAUCGAGCCACGACUGACAAUGCUUAUGGAAAUUGCGAAUGGAUUCCUAACAACAAUUAUCGAUGGGUUAGAGGAAACGCCAUAUGGGAUCCGAUGGAUUUGCAAGCAGAUUCGAAGCCUCACUAAGAGAAAAUAUCCGGAUGCUAAUGACCAAGCGAUUUGCACACUCAUCGGAGGAUUCUUUUUCUUGCGAUUCAUUAACCCGGCCAUUGUCACCCCCAAGUCAUAUAUGCUCAUCGAUGGAACUCCAGCUGACCGACCUCGCCGAACUUUGACCUUGAUUGCAAAGAUGCUUCAAAACCUUGCCAACAAACCCUCAUACGCAAAGGAACCAUAUAUGGCUAAACUUCAACCAUUCAUUCAGCACAACAAGGAGAGAGUUAACAAGUUCAUGCUUGAUCUUUGUGAAGUUCAGGAUUUUUACGAAAGUUUGGAAAUGGACAACUAUGUAGCACUAUCUAAAAAGGAUUUGGAGCUAUCGAUUACCCUCAACGAAGUUUAUGCUACCCACGCUUUACUCGACAAACACACUGCUGAACUCAACAAGGAUGAGAACUCACAUUUGGCAGUUAUCUUGGCCGAUUUAGGACCCGCCCCAGCACAACUGCCUAGAAAGGACAACAGAGCUAUUAACUUGCCACUUUUCAGCAAAUGGGAAACGGCAAUUGAUGAUCUGACAGCUGCACUGGAUAUCACUCAGGAGGAGGUUUUCUUCAUGGAAGCUAAAUCGACAUUCGUUCAAAUCAUGAGAUCAAUUCCAAGCAAUAGUGCUGUGGCACGAAGACCACUUCGCCUCGAAAAAGUUGCUGAUGCCGCAGGUCAAUAUCGCAAUGACGCUGUCAUGGUAAGAAAGGGCAUCCGGGCCAUGGAAUUAUUGAGCCAGUUACAGGAGCUGGGGGUCAUCGACAAAUCAGAUCAAUUCAGCCUUUUGAGAGAUGAAGUCGAACAAGAACUUCAACAUCUUGGGUCCCUCAAAGAUGGAGUUAUCAUUGAAACCCAAAAACUCGACCAAGUCUUCAAGACAAUUCGAGAUCACAACACUUACCUUGUCGGUCAAUUGGAAACUUACAAGAGUUAUCUGCACAAUGUUCGCAGUCAAAGUGAAGGAACCAAACGAAAGCAACAAAAGCAUCAAGUUCUGGGACCAUACAAAUUCACACAUCAGGAGUUGGAGAAACAAGGGGUUAUACAAAAGAGUAACGUGCCUGAUAACAGAAGAGCAAAUAUCUAUUUCAACUUCACUAGUCCUUUACCGGGUACUUUCGUCAUCUCCUUACAUUACAAAGGACGAAAUCGUGGUUUAUUGGAGCUUGAUCUCAAACUUGAUGAUUUGCUCGAGAUGCAGAAGGAUAAUCAAGAAGAUCUCGACCUUGAGUAUGUCCAAUUUAACGUACCGAAAGUUCUUGCUCUCCUGAACAAACGUUUCGCCAGAAAGAAAGGAUGGUAG